AUGAUGACGAGCAACGGAACCUUCGUCAUCAACGGGGCAGAGCGCGUGGUGGUGAGCCAGCUUGUGCGCUCGCCGGGGGUCUAUUUCACGACGACAUCGGAUAUGAAUACGGGGCGCGGGCUUGCGUCGGCGAAGCUGAUACCGUAUCGCGGGGCGUGGAUGGAGUUCGAGACUUCGAGCCGAGAUGUGAUAUCGGUGAAGGUUGACCGCAAGCGCAAGACGCCAGUGAGCACACUGUUGCGGGCGAUGGGAUACGCCACGAACGAUGAGCUGCUGGAGCUGUUCUCGGAUGUGGAUACGAACCCUGAGCACGAGUAUAUGCGCACGACGAUAGAGAGGGACGGGGCGGUUACGACUGAGGAGGAGGCGCUGCUGGAGUUUUAUCGCAGGCUGCGCCCUGGCGAGCCGACGAGUCUGGACAACGCGAAGAACCUCAUUGAGAACUUGUUCUACAAUGACCGGCGCUACGAUCUGGGCCGUGUGGGCAGGUACAAGCUGAACCGCAGCCUUCACAGGGACCCCGCGAACAUAGUCCGCACGUUGGAGCCGGAAGAUAUCACAACGCUGCUGAAGACGAUGGUCCGCAUCAACAAUGGAGAGAACCAGGUGCGCGUUGGACUGCUGCGGAUGGAGCGGGUCAUCAAGGAGCGCAUGACGACGCAGAUAGAUCCUGCGACGACUACGCCGGCGGCGCUGAUAAACAUCAGGCCGGUGGUGGCGGCAGUGCGCGAGUUCUUUGGCGGGUCGCAGCUUUCGCAGUUUAUGGACCAGACGAAUCCGCUGGCGGAGCUGACGCAUAAGCGCAGGCUGUCGGCACUGGGACCGGGCGGGCUGUCACGUGAGCGCGCGGGCUUCGAUGUGCGCGACGUGCAUCACUCGCACUAUGGGCGCAUCUGCCCGAUUGAGACGCCUGAAGGGCCGAAUAUCGGGCUGCUGGGGUCGCUGGCGACUUAUGCGCGAACGAACGAGUACGGGUUCAUCGAGACGCCGUACCGCCAGAUCCUGACGGAGAUUAAGAACACAGACCCCGACAUCGAGGGGCGCACGCUGACGCAGGACAUAGUUGCACCUGACGGCUCGCGACUGCUGACGGCGGGCAGGGUCGUGAACAGCCGAUAUAUGAGGCGGGUCUCGGCGCUGCCGGAGCAGAUGGUGAAGGUCAAUCCGUAUGUGUCAAUGAGGGCGAACGCCAUCGAGUAUCUGUCGGCUGACGGGGAAGAGGGCAAGGAUAUCGCUAUGGCGAGCGCGGCCCUGGACGAGAAGGGGCAGUUCGUCGAUGAGCGAAUCGAGACGCGGCGAGGCGAGGGCGUUGGGAUGGAGCCGCCGGAGAAUGUGUCUUACAUGGAUGUGUCGCCGAUGCAGCUUGUGAGCGUAUCGACGGCGCUGAUUCCGUUCCUGGAGCACGAUGACGCGAACCGCGCGCUGAUGGGAUCGAACAUGCAGAGGCAGGCUGUGCCGCUGCUGAAGCCGGAGGCGCCGCUGGUGGGCACCGGCAUGGAGGGCCGCGUGGCGCGGGACAGCGGCCAGGUAAUUAUGUCCAGAGUGAAGGGUGUGGUUACGGAGGUUACGGGCGAGCGCAUAUGCGUGGUGGACGAGAACGGCGAGUUGCAGACGCACCGGUUGCUGAAGUUCCUGCGGAGCAACCAGGGGACAUGCAUCAAUCAGCGUUCGAUCGUGAACAAGGGCGAUGUGGUGAGAGUGGGGCAGGUUCUUGCGGACAGUUCUUCGACGGGCGGCGGCGAGCUUGCGCUGGGGCAGAAUGUGCUUGUGGCGUUUAUGAGCUGGGAGGGGUACAACUUCGAGGACGCAAUCAUCCUGAGCCGCAAGCUGGUGAAGGACGACAAGUUCACUUCGAUACAUAUCGAGAAGCACGAGGUGGAGGCGCGGGAUACGAAGCUGGGUCCUGAAGAGAUUACGCGGGACAUCCCGAAUGUGGGCGAGGACAGCCUGCGGGACCUGGACGAGGAAGGCAUCAUCCGGGUGGGCGCGGAGAUCAAGACGGGCGACAUCCUUGUGGGCAAGAUAACGCCCAAGGGCGAGACGGAGUUGAGCGCGGAGGAGAAGCUGCUGCGGGCGAUAUUCGGGGAGAAGGCGCGGGAUGUGAAGGACACUUCGCUGCGCGUGCCUCACGGGGAGCGCGGCAAGAUCAUUGGCGUGAAGGUUCUGAACCGUGUCGAUAAGGACGAGCUAUCGCCGGGCGUGAACAAGAUGGUUCGGCUGUGGAUCGCGCAGACGCGGAAGAUUACCGAGGGCGAUAAGAUGGCGGGCCGCCACGGGAACAAGGGCGUGGUGGCGAAGAUAAUGCCGGAAGAGGAUAUGCCGUUCCUGCCGGACGGGACGCCGGUUGACAUCAUACUCAACCCUAUCGGCGUGCCGUCGCGCAUGAACCUGGGUCAGGUGCUGGAGAUGCAUCUGGGCUGGGCGGCGCAUAACCUUGGGUUCAAGGCGGUUACGCCUGUAUUUGAUGGCGCGCCGGACACUAGCAUCGAGGAUGCGCUGGCACAGGCGUGGAUUAUCGAUCAGGCGGCAGCGGUUGAUGUGGCGUCAGAUGACUUCUCCGGGAUGAAGAAGAUUGACCUAGGCAAGGUUCGCACGUGGCUUGAUGGGCGGAAUUACAGCUUCGAGAGAGUUUUUGGUCGUGGAGAAGGCACAGAGCCAGUACCGGGAGAGGCUACCAGAAUUUGCCUUGAGACAUGGUUGAGCGAAGAAAUACGGGCCGAUGUUUCUGAGAUGACACUGACUGACAUGAAGGAAGAGGCGCUGCGACUGAACCGCGAGGAACAGAUAGCCGCGCCGACACUGGGCAAGUCGAUACUCUUCGACGGGCGCACAGGUGAGCCGUUCGACCAGCCGAUUGCGGUGGGGUACAUCUACAUGAUGAAGCUCAUCCACCUGGUCGAGGACAAGAUACACGCGCGCUCGACGGGACCGUACUCGCUGAUAACGCAGCAACCACUUGGCGGCAAGGCGCAGUUCGGCGGGCAGCGGUUCGGCGAGAUGGAGGUCUGGGCGCUGGAAGCGUACAGCGCGGCGAACAACCUUCAGGAGAUGCUGACGCUGAAGUCGGACGAUGUUAUCGGCAGGGUGAAGACCUACGAGGCAAUCGUGAAGGGUGAGAAUGUUACGCAGCCGGGCGUGCCGGAGUCGUUCCAUGUGCUGAUGAAGGAGCUUCAGAGCCUUGGGAUGUCGGUGGAACUGUUGCAAGAGCCGACGAGCCAGUUCCUGCUGGACGAUUUUGAUGACAAUAUGGGCGCGCUGGAUGAUUUCCCGCCUGCACUAGGCAUGGAUGAGAUGUUCAGCGACGUGCCUGUGCUGAACGGUGAUGCGGAGAAUGGCGUUUCGGACGCGAUAACGGAGGAAGUUCCUACGGCGUCUAUUGACGGUGAUGGUGAUGUCGAGAUGACUUCACAGGAUACGAGUUCGGAGGAGACAGAUCCGCAAGAGAUGGCUACUCCGGAAGUCACGCCGCAGGUAGGGAGAUGA